CGCAGUCCCGGAAGGCGAGACUCUGAAACACUUCCGGUCUUUGUGACUCAUUGUGUCUGUGUCGAGGCAUCGGGAGGGCCUAGGUUUGUGUCCAGCGCCGUUCGGCCGGCCUGAACCCCAGAGUCAGCUCCCCUUUUUCGCCCAGCUCCCCCAGGGCGCUCCCGGGGCUCACGGAAUAGUACAGAAAUAAUAUCAUAACGCAUCUCCUAGGACAGAAGGGACAUCACAGACCCUAUUUGGAUCAAGUCUGAAUGAUGACUGCUGAAUCAAGGGAAGCUACAGGUCUGUCCCCCCAGGCUGCACAGGAGAAGGAUGGUAUUGUAAUAGUGAAGGUAGAAGAGGAAGAUGAGGAAGACCACAUGUGGGGGCAAGAUUCCAGCUUGCAGGAGACACCUCCUCCCGACCCAGAGAUAUUCCGCCAACGUUUCAGGCACUUCUGUUACCAGAACACUUUCGGGCCUCGAGAGGCUCUUAGUCGACUUAAGGAGCUUUGUCAUCAGUGGCUACGACCAGAGAUAAACACCAAGGAGCAGAUCCUAGAGCUCCUAGUGCUGGAGCAGUUCCUGUCCAUUCUGCCCAAGGAGCUGCAAGUCUGGCUGCAGGAAUACCGUCCAGAUAGUGGAGAGGAGGCUGUGACCCUUUUGGAGGAUUUGGAGCUUGAUUUAUCAGGACAGCAGGUCCCAGGUCAAGUUCAUGGACCUGAGAUGCUCACAAGGGGGAUGGUGCCUCUGGAUCCAGUACAGGAGUCUUCCAGCUUUGAGCUUCAUCCUGAGGCUGCCCAGUCACAUUUCAAGCAUUCAUCUCGGAAACCCCGCCUCUUACAAUCACGAGCUCUACCUGCUUCCCACGUUCCUGCCCCUCCUCGUGAGGGGAGUCCCAGAGACCAGGCGAUGGCAUCUGCACUAUUCACAGCAGAUUCCCAGGCAAUGGUGAAGAUCGAGGACAUGGCCGUGUCCCUCAUCCUGGAGGAAUGGGGAUGUCAGAACCUGGCUCGGAGGAAUCUCAAUAGGGACAACAGGCAGGAGACUUAUGGGAACAUGUUUUCCCAGGGUUGUGGAAACAGGAAUGAGAAUGAGGAGUCAACUUCAAAGACUAAAGUUGCAGAAGACUCAGCAUCACAUGGGGAAACAACAGGAAAAGUCCAGAAAGUGUUUGGAGAAAAACGUGAACAGCAGGGCAGAAUAACAGAAAGGCAGCAGAGAAACUCAGAGGAGAAAAACGGAAGAGAGAAGAGAGAUUUGGGGCCAGCUACAAUCAAGGGAAAAAAACCCACCACAGGAGAGAGAGGCCCAAGGGAGAAGGGUAAAGGAUUGGGAAGAAGUUUCAGUUUGAGUUCAAACUUUAAUACCCCUGAGGAAGUUCCAACGGGAACAAAGUCUCAUAGAUGUGAUGAAUGUGGCAAAUGCUUCACAAGGAGUUCAAGCCUUAUUCGCCAUAAAAUAAUCCAUACUGGAGAAAAGCCCUAUGAAUGUAAUGAGUGUGGGAAAGCCUUCAGUCUUAACUCAAACCUUGUCCUACAUCAGAGAAUCCACACAGGAGAGAAACCUCAUGAAUGUAAUGAGUGUGGCAAAGCCUUCAGUCAUAGUUCAAAUCUCAUUCUACAUCAGAGGAUCCACUCUGGAGAAAAACCUUAUGAAUGUAAUGAAUGUGGGAAGGCCUUCAGCCAGAGCUCAGACCUUACUAAGCAUCAGAGGAUCCACACAGGGGAAAAACCCUAUGAAUGUAGUGAAUGUGGGAAAGCUUUCAACCGAAACUCAUACCUUAUUUUGCAUCGGAGAAUUCAUACCAGAGAAAAACCUUAUAAGUGCACUAAGUGUGGCAAGGCCUUCACCCGGAGCUCAACCCUUACUCUGCACCACAGAAUUCAUACUCGAGAGAGAGCCUCUGAUUACAGCCCAGCCUCCCUUGAUGCAUUUGGAGCAUUCCUGAAAAGUUGUGUGUAAAGGGAGAGUUUGUCCACAAGCCAUUUCCCCCUUUUGUUUCUAAAAUUCAGAGAUGUAUGCACAUAGAGGAAAAAAAAAAAGCCUCAAAAAUUUAAAAAAAAUCAAAGUCACACUUAAAGGAUCCUUAUAGUUACAUCAGCAGUGUUCUACCUUUGUGUAGUCUGUGGGCAUGUAAUUCUUCCACACAGCCCCUGCAGGGAAAACCUAGUCAUAUGGAUAGUCCACAUGAUAUUUCCACACAAGAUAAAAGCACGCACACAGUAAAAUGUCAAGCUUUUUAGUAAUGAGGAUACCUUUAAGGCGCCACAACCACAGCAUACAAGGUGAAAGUCAUUAAGAUUGGCUCCGUGAAAGUGAUACCAAGGUUAAGAAGCUACUUGCUGCAAACAAGCCCUACUUGGCCAACAUCUUUCUCAAAGAAGAGGGACAGUUUUUAAAAAUUACAUUGGGACAUGCUGCUCAAACUAGUUACAUAUACAGUAAGUUAUAUGUAUGAUCGCUGGUAGCCUACCAAAGCUAUAGAAAUCUAGGACUGCUGAUCAGUAUCAAACCAAAGAUUUCUAUCUCAUCCUGAAAGGGGGUAUGUGCACCAGUCUACAGUUCAAAAGGACUGCAACAAAUGUAGAUGGUUCUGUCCUCAUCACUGAGGUAAAUUCUACUGAAAUGGGAACACAACUCAAAACAAAAAACUUCCCUUCUUGAAAUCCCUAAAGCACGAUAGCACUCCAAAAUGCAUUUCUCUACAGUUUAGCACUUGAUUGUACGCUGUCUUUUAAUCCUUAAUUGUUUCACGUAUGUAAGUUUCUAUCAAUCCGCAAGAGAUGCUUCAGUUGUCAAGGGAUAUGUUUAUAUCCUUCACAGCACUGAGCACAGUGCUGCACACAUAAGAGGCAUUCAUUAUGACUGACUUUUGACAGAGCUUUCACAUUUCUGAUAAAGUCCUCUGAAAUAUAGUAACCUGGCCCAACUUUUCUGAAGAGUACCAUCAGUGUCGUGAGACAUGCUAAAGCUCUAGGAUCUAAUGCUAAUUUUGUCCUAAAUAUAAAGGAAAGAUGCUGGUUAGCUGCCUGCAUAGACUUUUUCUAAACAUGGAUCGGUGAGUAAAUACCACAAGAUGGCAGAAAAAAUACGAACAUUGACGAAGGCCAUUUUUCUGACAUCUUUCUGCGGCAAAGAUUUUAGCCAGAAUUCACUUCAGUCAGCUGCUGAACAACGUGAUGAUUUGGGUACUUUGUGAAACAUUUGUAACUGUAGACAAUAUAGUUCAGAAGAUAAUUUUUUUUUCUUUUGCUUUUCAGAAAAAGGAAAGUUGUAGGGAGCCUUUUCUCCACACUUUUCUAGAAACUUUGCAAAAGCAUUUGACAUCCUUACUUGGCAGUUACUAAACAUGUUUUGUUGCUCUGCGAAGUUCAUCAGCGUAACAAGAUGUGGUUGGUUGUAUCGUAGUUACAAUGCAGUAUCUUUUCUGUUUCUCAUCACUAAAGACUGAGGUGAAGUUAUAAAACUAAUCUUUCCAUCAUCUGAGCAGGAGGAUGCAGUUGGCUGCCUAGAAGCUAAUAACGGAAACUUCCAUGUACACACAGGAGACCCAAGUAUCAUGGGCUAUAUAGGUAGUCAUCUGGCCUUGGGUAGAGGUGCCUCUGCUCAUGAAGACAAGCAAAUGAUUAUGGGAAACCCCGAAGAAACUUAGCAACAUAGACUAAUAAACCUGAAGACUGUCAUGACCCCAUAACUGGUGAACCCCACAUAGUCUGAGAUUUUCCCUCAAGAAAUAAACUAUAACUUAUCAGUUUGUUCAGUGACCAACAACUAAAAAGUCCAUGAGGCAGCAUGGCUUCAUGGGGAGCCAAUGAGGUGAGGUCAUAUGUGGUCUCGGGCUUCAGACCAGAUAGAAGUUCUGCACAGCAGUAAUUCUUUGGCCUCUCUUUGGCUUCAUAACGUAAACCAACCACAGCUUCCCUAUAGCUUCCAGGCAGUUCCAUCAGUGUUGCCUGGGAAACCUCAAGUAGUCAGCCAACUAGUUAUCAGAAUAUUUCUGUCCAUCCAGUUUAAGAAAAACAGAAGAGAUACUCCAAAAGAGUAUACCUAAGUAACUUUUUAUAGUAAAAUGGAGGGGAAGAGAUACUCUAAGGAUUUUCUUCAAAGAGUAAGCCACAGUGAUGGUUGCAUAGAAAACCGCUGCUGUUUUUGAGCAAGGACUUUUGCCUGCUAGGAGGCAACUGAGAGAGUAGGGAUGUGCAUGUUAACUCCAGGCACUGGUCAAAGCACUGACUUCCCUUUGUUCUUAGUAAGAAAGAACUUUGGUUGGUCCCACAUUGGCCUGGUUUUUUUUUCAUUUUUUUAAAGCCACAGCUAUAUCCUGACAUCAUAAUUCAUCUGUAUUUGUCUUUUAAAUGAAAGUUGGUUAAAUAUGACCAGUGUCCCCCACAUUCAAUUCCCAUUUUAUUGGGACACUGUAUUGAUUUUGUGGGAUAGCCACUGGAGUUGCUUCAGAUCUUCAGCUGCUGCACUUUGUGAAGAAGCUGUUUGAAGUUGUAUUUCUGAGAAAAAUCUCAGGCUGCGACUGUUUAUUAAAACUGUUUCCGUUGCAUUUAUGAUCAGAUGCUCAGUGCAAAGUGUAACUGGGUCAUGGUCAAAAAGGCUUGCAAUGCCUAAUUAGUGCUCGGGAUAAUCAUUCAAAAAUUUGAAGUCUGUUAACAGUUUUAAGUGCUCUGUAGUUAUUCAUUGACAUGCUAGUUGACCUAAUGGAAGUUUUUGAAGGGUUUAAAAAAUAUACCCCACCCUUGCCAGGAAGAGAAGUAAAAUUCUUCAGGUUGUGGGAUACUUGUUUGUUUCUACUGCAGCCUGGCCGACAAGGCUAAAACCUGAGAAUACAGAUGUGUGAGGCAUCUUGAUAUGUAAGGCACUUAAUAUUUUAUUAAAAGCAUAAAAGUAAAACUGCUAAAUAUGUGCAGAGAUAUGGACAUGUUAUGUGGAACAGUCCACAUGUUACAUACAUCAGAGAAUUCAUUCCGGAAAAGAACCUCUUAAAUGUGAUGAAUGCGGCAAAGCCUUUAAUCACAUUUCAGUCCUUAGCAUCAGAAAGCUUACAUUGUAAAUAAACUUUAUUAAUGUUAUGUGUGAGAAAAAAUUUCACAUAGAGCACUCAUUGCAUUGGACAGCAAAUGAAUUCCAUCAGUAUAUUCUAAUCAUGUAAUGAAUUUCAGAAACACUGCAGAGGGAGCUCAAUCUUCACAACUCCAGAGAAUCCACAGAAGAAGAAAAGUAUGGAAAUGCUAAAGAAAUAGCAAAACGUACAACUUCUUGCAAAAAUUGUUCAUGUGGGGUACUUUACACAUUUCGUGUGGCCAUACUGUCAGUGUCUGUUUUGUACCUCCAACUUCUGUUCUAUAAAUUCCCUGUAAACAUGUUAUAUAUUUUAAUCUAUUUGACAGAACAUAUCACUCCAAAAGAGUGACUAGUGAAGAAACUGGUGUGGUUAUAGAUGAAAAGUCAGUUCCACAGAACUGAGGAGGGGGAAAAUGAUAAGCUUCAUAGUUUGAUGCUUAUCAAAUCAAGAGGAGAGAUUAGUAAAUUCAUUAGGAGAGACAGGGCACUGAAAUGGAACAAUUCCUGUAAACAUGUACAGCUUCCUGAGAGUUUUCUCAUCAAAACCAGGAAGAGGAGUGAGAGGGGCUUCUCCACCAAUUGAGAGCAGGGAACAUGCUGGAAAGUCCAGUGGGACCACUUGACCAGAUUCUAUAAACCAUAGUCCUGCUUCCCCUACUGACUCAAAUCUUCAUGCUUAGAAAAUUUGGGAUAAGAAGACAUCCAAGGGGGCUUUUUCCAGGAAGAUAAGCACAGAUGCAUCCAGUUCUGGCAUUGCAAGAAGUUUUUCUGAUAAGGCAGAAGAAGCAAUUUUGUAAUAUUUUCUUUGGCUAUGUUCCUGUAUACUUUCUCCAGGUUUCUGAGUAUUAGGAGAGAGCACUUAUUAACAUUCAUAGCUAUGGGUUUAUUUUUUUUUAAUUUUUAUCCUAAAGUCAUCUUUAUUCCAGUGUCUAGCCAUUGUAAUCUACUCAUCCAAAGUUAAUGAGGCUCAACCUGCCGUAUUCAUAGAAGACUCUGUGUGAAUUGGAGUAACAGUAUUAAUAUGUAGAAAAACAGAGGCAGCAGUACUUGCCAGAGGAGCCAUAUUUUUCUACAUCCUACUCUGAGCAACUUCUGAGAAAUAUUUAUGAAGGGCUGGGGCUCCCCAUCUAGAAAACUAAAUGAAGCUCUGCAAACUGCUAAGUAAAGUACAGAAUCAGAGAAAAGGAAAUUCAGAUCUUUUCAUAGAAAUAGAUUUUUUUAAUUUCAGUUACUCCUGAAACAUUUAAGUAAAAGCAUUGUUGGAAAAGUUUUCCCAACAUAGGUUGCACUUUUAGAAUGGACACUACAUUUAAAAGCAGUAACUUAUUUUGCUAUUCAGAUUAAUUUUUUUUUUUAUUAUAUCUGAAAAUGAAAUUAUCUGUUUCACUUUUUAAAGCUUUGUAAAACAAACUUGAAGUUACAGGGAGGUAAGCCAUCUCCAGUUCUGAGGCCAAACAAAAAUUUGGGGAAUACUUUUGACAUCCCGUAAUACAGAAUGUCUUAACAUGACAACUUGGUUUCAUACCAUCUGGUUCUAUUUCAUAUUGGACACCACAAAACUCAUACUUUUCUCUGUUAUCGUGAAACAGUGGAAGGUGAAGAGCAGACAUUAUGUAGACUUCUAAACUCUGGUCUGCUGUACUUUAACAGCUUUAUUUUUUUAAUCUUGGAGAUUUCUCACUGCUAUUUACUAAAUAAUCAUGACUCAUCAUACAAUAAUCAGCAGAGUUAAUCUUUAAAUUUUCUCCCUUCACCAAGCACUCCUUAAGCUGUGAGGCUGAGUGUUUGAAGAUCUGAAGAGUGAGAUCUGUGAGUGAUUGGAAGGUGGUACUGAAACUUGGAUUUCAUUCCAGUUUCAGAUUGGAGUUUUAUGUUCCUUUGGUCCAGGGAAGGGACCAGGCAGCUGCAGUAGUCCAAAAUCACUUAGUCUCCAACAAGGUUAGGUGCUUUGGGAGGGGAAAGAGGAAGGAGGGUUGUUAACAAUAACAGGGAGGCAUGAGAAGGAGAGAAGAGAAAUUUGGGGGGUUGUGUUGGGGUUAGUGCUAGCUUGCCUCCCUCUUCACCUCAGCCAGCUGAACAGCAUUUAGCUGCUCUUUAAAUUUUUAAUCUACCCUAGCAAGGAGAAAGCAUGUUAGACUUAGAAAUGCUUCUGCUAGUAGCAGGGGUUCUUAUUUGAAAACAUACAUGAGGAGGGUGGGGUGGGAGGAAGCAGAUUGUGAUUAUGCAGGAAAAUCUCGUUCUAAAAAUACAUGAGUUUAGGGGUAAGGGGUGGGAUGCAAGCAAAAUCAGUAAUUAUUUUAAAAUGAGCAUAUGUAUUUUUAUUAACUUUUAGUUAAAUAUAGAUUAUUACCAUCAGGUCAACAUGAUAAGCCUAAAUCUAUAUAGAGAAAGCUAACUCAGGCAUUGUCUUGUUUAUUGUAGACUGGGUAAGACAACCUUUCCUGGUUUUUCAGUUCCCUGUUUCUUAGUUUAGAAAAAAUUAGACCAAAAGAAGAAACUUAAUCUUUGUAUACCUGCAGAAUUAAAUUAUUGCUGUUAAAAAACUGGAUUUUUUUUU